UAUAUUUCAAUUUAAGGGAGAAAACAGCUUCUUUCUAACAAGCUGUUCACAGGAAACCAUUUUCUUGUGCUAUAACUUUACAGCUACCCAGCUGCUCACGACUUCACUAUUAAAGUUUACACCAAGAAGAACAUGUCAUACCUGUCACCUGUACAGAUUAUUGGUGGACAAGGAGGUGGUUCCUUUAACUUCACUGGUACAGACACUGGAGCCACACUGAAAAAGAUAUGGGUGUGGGUAGGAGGCUGGCAGGUGAAGGCUAUAAAGGUUUGGCUUACUGAUGGUCAAUUCAAACAAUUUGGAAAUGCUUCUGGGAAUUUUACUGAAUUUCAGUUUGAAGAUGGAGAGUUUUUUACCUCACUUUCACUGUGGGGAAAUGGAGCUGGAACACGUCUAGGUGCCAUCAAAUUCAAGACAAAUCGCUCACGAGAAUUUUUUGCACAUAUGACUGAGUGGGGUCUUAAAACAGAGUACCCAAUUGAUAUUGGUUCUGGAAUUUGCUUGGGAAUUGUAGGAAAUGCAGGUGCAGACAUUGAUUGCUUAGGAUUUGUAUUCAUCAACACUAUCAAGUCUACUGUAUUGACCAAUCUCCAGUAUCCCACCCUUCAUCAAGCCAUUCCGCAAGUUAAUACGGAAGAAAUCAAAUCUCUGUCUUACCAAAACAGGUCCGAUGUCCCUCAGUCAUACAAAAUAGAAACUUCAAAAACAAUAACUAAAAAAUCGUCAUGGUCUGUGGCUAACAAAAUGGAAGCAACCUUUAGUAUAGAGGUGCAAUCAGGAAUUCCAGAGAUUGUGGAAGUGUCUGCUGGGUUUAGCUUCACAAUGGGAGUAGAAAGUAAAUAUGGCUUAGAGAAUUCAGAAGAGAAAACUGAGCUUCUGUCUUUUCCUGUCCAAGUUCCUCCAGGAAAAACUGUGGAUGUUGCCAUCACAAUUGGUAGAGCCACUGUGGAUCUCCCGUACACUGGCACAGUGGAAAUUACCUGCUACAAUGGCAGUGUUCUGAAGUUUAAUACCAGAGGUAUCUACAAGGGCCUCGCUUACACUAAUGCAAAAACAGUUGUGACUGAAUCCUGAAACAAUAUGCAGUAGACCAAAGCUCUCAGGUUGAAAUAUAAAGGGGAAUGUGAAUCAGAAUAACAGAUUAAUCUUUAAUAUCAUUUUGGAUUCGUCUUGUAUAUUUACAUUGUGAUUUUAUUGGGGGAGUUUUUAAAAUUCACUUGCAUUAUGUUUUAUAUGUGGUGUUUUCUUUUAUUUUUUUCAGUUUUAUCUUUUCUUGAGACAUAUUCCAUAUUGAAUGUAGAUUAAUAAGAAAUUUUUACUUGUAAAGUAGACAGGCAAACCAAAAGAUGAUUUACAUAGAUCAUUUUACUUCUAUGUGGGAGACCUCUCCUUGUUUGUUGCUCUUUUGAUCAAAUUGUACAUUUCCUCAAUAAAAUUCAGAACUGGAAA